GUCAAAAAUAUUUAAUACAUUUUUCUCGACGGCCACAUAGCAAAUUUAUAAUUUCGUGUAAUUUCAUAUUUCUACUUUGUAAAUUAGUGAACAAUUUUAGUUUUACCGAAUUAAAAAUGGAUAAUCUUUUUAGUCUUUGGAAAGUACGUGAAAUUGCAGAUAAAGUUACAAAUGUAGUUAUGAAUUAUACUGAAAUCGAAGCCAAAGUUAGAGAAGCUACAAAUGAUGAAGCCUGGGGACCUACGGGAGCCUUAAUGCAGGAAUUAGCCCAUGCAACAUUUACAUAUGAACAUUUUCCAGAAGUGAUGUCAAUGCUUUGGAAGAGAAUGUUACAGGACAGUAAGCAGCAUUGGCGAAGAACUUACAAGGCUUUACUCGUGCUGAACUACUUGGUUCGGAAUGGAUCUGAAAGGGUGGUAACAUCAUCGAGAGAACACAUCUACGAUUUGAGGUCGUUAGAAAACUACACCUUUAUAGACGACAAUGGAAAAGAUCAAGGAGUUAAUAUUCGGCACAAAGUUAAAGAUCUCAUCGAUUUUAUCCAAGACGACGAUAGACUGAGAGAAGAAAGGAAAAAAGCUAAAAAGAACAAAGACAAAUACAUCGGAAUGAGUUCAGAUAUGAUGGGAAUGAGAUUUGGAGGAUCAGAGAAAUGGGACGAACGACCUUACACACGAAACGAGUUUGCUGAUCAGGAAUGGGACGACCCAUCAACUAAUAGAUAUCGGGAUAAAUCUCGUGAAGAGGAGGACGAUCGUGACAAUAUAGACAGUGACGAAGAAACUUCUGGAAGAAUAGGCAAGACAAGUAAUACCAUCAAAUAUAAGGAUGAUGGUAAAUCGGAAAACUUUCAGAGUUCAAAUACAAUUCAAUCAGAAAAAAGAAUUGCUAGUUUGAGUCUGAAUUCUGGCAGAACAGAUUCCCCGAAGAGAACACAGAAGCCUAUCAAAAAGGUUGAUCUAGGGGCGGCAGCUAAUUUUGGCAGAGAUGCGACACAAAGUCCCCUUCCGCGUCCCCCAAGUGGAGGUGGCUUAGAUUUACUUGACGAUUUUGAUCCUCGGGCAGAAGAAAAAGCUGGUGCUAAUUCAACUAACGAGUUUGGCGAAUUCGAAGCCGCCUUUAAACAUAAUACUGCUACGCCUUUGUCAAACGCUGCAAAUGACGAAGGUUUUGCCGAUUUUGGUUCUGCAUUUUCGACGUCCAACAGUACGGCUCCUCCUAGCUUACUUUCAUCACCGAAUAAUCCCACCGUCUUACCAAGUAUUAUACCGUCGAGCCUCGGAGUAUCCAAUCAAAACUUGUUAGUGAAUCAACCUAUUGCUCAAGUACAACCAUCCAAUCCUUUACAAAAUCCUCUUCAUAACGAACCUUUUGGUGGGGUAGGCAGUUUAUAUGAAGAUUUAGGUAAACCAAGCCAAACUUUCGGUACUUCUACAGUUCAACAACCAAUUCCCGGAAAUAAAAAUGAAAACGAUUUGUUGAGCGAUCUGAGUAAUUUUGGUUUAAGUACUACGCCUAACUUGUUAGUAGGAAAUGGCAACAAUAACAAUAUCAACUAUGGUCUGUCACAUAAUGCGGGACUCUUAGAUAAUCUUGACGAUAAAAGCAAAACAAACACGGCACAAUCUCAAUAUGAAAAACAGAAGAGAAAGGGAAAUCAAACAGAACUAGAAGAGUUAACGAUAUAUGCUGUGGAAAGUUUGAGAAAAAUUGAUAAAAUAACAUCACAGUCAAAUAUCUCUGACAUUUUAAAAUUGUUAGACGAUAUUCUUGUACACAUACCUGCCUGUUAUAACGUUCAGAAACUCACGCUGUUAGAUAACAUUUCGUUUAAAAGUUACGCAGAAAAUUAUUACUCUCUUUUGUUAAAUGAACUUAUACGCUUAUUUGAUUAUACAUUUCCUUUUCAAAACGGUAUUAUGUAUGAAAGUAUGGCCAAAAUAUUAACUUUAGAAGAUCCCGAUAUUUUUGAAAUAAGUCUGAAAAUAUUCAUACAAGAAAUAAAAAAUAAAUCAAGUUCUGUCAAUAUUGUAGGCUGUCUAGAAACUUUAUUAAAAUCUGAAAAUCUAUUUGUUACAUUAGUCACGAAUAGUUAUAAUAUUGACGAAUUUAAUGAGUCUUGGUCUAAAACAGUAAAUUUGUUAAUCUCUUUACCUAGUCGUAUCGCAAAUAUUUGUGAGGUUAACUCACCGACGUUUUUUAAAAAUAAUCAUUAUUCAUAUUGGCUUCUAUAUAAUUUUUUAAAAGCUGUCGAAUUUAUUGUAUUAGUUACUUUACAUGACUCCGAUAUGUUAAGAAAUGCGAAUUUAGAAAAGUUAGCUUAUGUUUUGAGUAAAAUAUGUAUUAAUUUUAGUGAAAGAGCAAAUUGUGAUGGGUUAAAUUACUUUGUAGACAUUGUAGCAGCUCUAACGUGCAAACCAUCUGAAAAACAACAUUUGUACAGAAGUGUUUUUCAUAAAAUAUUUGGGUACUUAGAAAAAGCUAGUGUAGAAGUGAUUGCAAAAUUAGUUUUUAUCAGAAUGGAUCCUAAAAUCUAUAGUAUGGGUGAAAUAUUGGGAAAAGAUCUUAUUAAUAUAAACAGUGAUUGGAAAUAUACAUUAUGUACAAAAAUACCAUUAUUGACAUUUGUAGAAAGAAACCAUGAGAAUUUGGUGACAAAUUUAAUAAGUUAUCUUCAUAGUGUAUCACAAGAGGAUUCGAAGACAUUACUAUUAAAUUUGACAAAAAUAUGGGCCGAUAAAUCUUCUAUUAAGCAUAUUAGUGUUGAACAUCAUAUGCUUAUAUCAAAAUAUAUUGUAUGCCUUGUAAACUCGUUAAACAAAACUGAAUUAAGUGAUCAAUAUCAGGAACAAAUUAAACAAAUAGUAUAUCAAGGACUACCUACACAUUUAGAAAGUACAGUACCGGUUAUUAGAUAUUCUGGAAUGAAAACAGGUGAAUACAUUAUUAAUUCUUUCCUAAAGAAACAGGAAACAGAUUCAAGCGAAUCAAACGAAUUAAAAUUUGACUAUAAAAUAUUAAGUUCAGACUGCCAAGAAGCCAUUCAAAUACUCCAGAAUUUUAUUAAUUUAGAUUUUUCUAAUUCACGUCAACAAAAAAACAUCGUCAAUAUCGAUAUUCAACAGAUUUUAACAAUACUAAAUAACGGAUUUAAGUCUCGUGAAGAAUAUAUUCCACCAGACAGGCAAUUUAGAGGAAAAAGUAAAAACGAAAACCAAAAAAAUGAUGUUGUUUUAACAACUUGUUCCAAUAUUAAACAAAGCAAUAUAAAUAUCAUAGCUGAUGGUGUAGCAGAUGAUUCAGACGACGAUUUCGAACCGGAUGAUAUGUCUGACGACAUAAAAUUGCCACCUAAACCUCCACCAGCCUAUUUAAGAGACCUUCGAGAUAAUUUAAUUGAAUUAGAGGAUCCGGAUACUUUUAUCGUAAGUUUAGAAGCGGCAGAGCAAUUAAUUACUGAACAGUUGCCAAAUGACGAUCCGGAAAUAGGAUUAGAAAUAUUGGAAAUCCUUAUAAGUUUGGAAUGUAAAUAUUAUAUGGAAAAUUUUGACGACUUGGUUUUUCGUAGCUGUCUAGCAAUUGUUUGUAUUUAUCCUUCUAUAUACGUUAAUUUUCUAUGCAGGGAAUUUCAUUCGGAUAUUGGAAAAUAUUCGUUGGUUCAUAGAAUUUUAAUGUUAAAUAUAAUACGUAAAGCGGCUGUACGUCUAUCAGAGAUUAAGCAAGAAACUAAUGAGGAUUUGCGAAAUACAACGAAGAUAAAAACGAAAAGUAUUGCUUCAGAAGUGGUGGCAAAAAGACUAGAAAGCAAAACUCGAUACUUCAGUACACAUAAGUCUGUAAGAAUUGAACAAAAAAACAAAUUUUCCGACGUAGCGGGUACAUUUUUCUUCCCCUUACUUUACGGAUAUAAUCAAAACAAACUUUUGUCACAACAAAUUAUCAAAGAUAACGAAGAUUAUAUACUCUUAAUUAAUUUCAUUGAAACUUUAUCGGUAGUUUUGUGGAGUUCCCAAAAUUGUAACAUAAUACAUCGAAUGGCAAAAGAGAGUUUACAUUUUUCAUGGUAUAUGAAAUACCAUAAAGACGUAAAAGUGAAGAUAGCUAUAAUACAACUUAUAGCAACGGUUGUUACGGUGAUACCUCAUUUUAUGCUCUUAAAUGAUUUCAUGAAUGAGAUAUUUGAAAUCAGACUUUGGCUAGUUGAAUUACUGAGUCCCAACAUAAACAUAGGUAACUCAAAUGAAGAAUUAAGGUAUUUGGCGGCCUGUACCGUAGCUGCAAUUGAAAGCGUCUUAAAAGUUAACGAUGAAGAUUCUAACCAAUAGUUGGUCACUGACUGUAAAUUAUUCACUCCUAACAUAUACAGGGUUGUUCACCACAUACGACACGGAGUAUUGUAGCUAA